AUGCAUCAUCUACCAUCCAAAAAACUUGUUAAAGUUUUGAUACGGAGAGGAAUAAGUUUUGGUGGUGGUCGAUUGAUUCCGAACUGGAAUGCGAACGAGACAAGGAAGACAAUGAUAAUGACGAGGAAGACGAUGAUAAGGAUGUACGUGAGGUCGACCCCCUACAGGCCAAUGUUUGGAGUCGUCAUGAUGUGCUCAACUGCUGCCUGGCUGGUCACAGCUAUCAGCCUCAUUACGUUCACCCUCGUCACAAAAGGGUGUGAAAAGACAAGAAGCACUGGGUUGACUAGUGAGGCAGCUUCGAAUAAUCAGUGCCUAUUCUGGUCCCUAAGAGACUUAAUACGUGAUUCUAUGCUCAUUGGCAUAUGUUGUUCUGACUCUUGUUGUUUUGUGUUGGUCGUGCGAGAGCCGAUCAGACUUGACGGCCCAGUGAAAACAGGCCAGGGUUGUGCAAAAGCCGACCGACUGACAGACAGGCCCAGUGAAAACGGGCCCUUGGUCGUGCGAAAGCCAAUCAGACUCGACGGCCCAGUGAAAACAGGCCAGGGUUGUGCGAAAGCCGACCGACUGACUGACAGGCCCAGUGAAAACAGGCCCUUGGUCGUGCGAAAGCCGAUCAGACUCGACGGCCCAGUGAAAACAGGCCAGGGUUGUGCGAAAGCCGACCAACUGACUGACAGGCCCAGUGAAAACAGGCCCUUGGUCGUGCGAAAGCCGAUCAGACUCGACGGCCCAGUGAAAACAGGCCAGGGUUGUGCGAAAGCCGACCGACUGACAGACAGGCCCAGUGAAAACAGGCCUUGGGUUCUGUGA